AACCCUACCUUUCCUCUUCAUCUUGCCCUAGCAAGCCAUACAAACCAGAGAGAGAGAGAGAGAGAGAGAGAGAGAUGGGAGGGUCACGAAGAAAAUACAAGAGGUCGAAGUCAAAGGUCCGAGUGGGUCAACUGAAGAAAAACCCACACGUAUUCAAGCCAGCCUUCAACGUUCCUCCAAAGCUCCGCUCCAUUGUCGAUCAAGACCCUUCGAAUUGGGACGACAAGGCCAGCGUCAUCCAAAACUACAAGUCCUUCGGCGUUGUUUCUAACCCUAACUUUCUCGGCGUCCGAUCUCGCACCUCUCACGUCAUCGAGAGCGACUCUCUUAAUGUCCCGCCGACUCAGCCGUCCGAUCAAGCCGAAGCCGAAGCCGAAGCCGAUGAGCUCGAGCUCUUCGACUCCGGCAGUGAUCUCGAAGAAGACGAUUUGAAAUCAGCACUGGGAAAGAAGCGAAAAGAUGGGAAAUCUGCGCCUCCUCUGCCAUUGACCACAAUCCAGCGUGUUCAUAUCAGUAGACUGAUUGAGAAAUAUGGAGACGAUUAUGAGAGGAUGUUCAUGGAUUCAAAGCUAAAUGCCAUGCAGCAUUCAGUUGCAACUCUGGAGAAACUUUGCAAAAGGUAUAAUAUGUAUGGAAAUACAAGGAAUCCCUUAAUACUUACAAAAAGCUGAAAGGAAUCCCUUAAUACUUUCUAGCUGAGAAUGGCUCCUUUUUGAGCAGCAAUGUCUUUAGGAUGCAUUGGAACUGCGCUAAUUUUUUUUUUGCUGUCUCAAUUUGCUGUAUGAUGUUAACUUUGUUCAAAAGAGAAGAGAAAAGAAAACAAAAAUGAUUCUACUGUAAUAUGAAACUCUGGUUAAUUGAUGAUGUUUUUUCACUAGUU